AUGGGAGGGAUUGCUGUCUUUAAGUGGGAGAUAGAUGAGUUUACCCUGCUCCACAACAGAGAGAACUGGAACGCAAGAGUGAUAACGGAGGCAGCUUGGGAUCCAGACGAAAAUUAUUUGGGUGGUUGGUGUGGAGUGAACAAUGGAUCAUGGUGUGCCGUUUCGAAAAGGGGUCGAGUUGCUUUUCUUGUGGACUCAACGUUACAUGAAGACGGCUACGGUGUUACUGACGUUCCCGAGUUCAACGCCUCGAACUUAACUACGACUUUCCUGGAUGAUGUCUUCUUUAGUACUCCAAAUGAGUUUAUAGAUUUUGUGGCACAUCGUUUGAAUCCUGAUGGAGAGCCUAUAGGAGAAUUUCUGAAUGAAGGUCCCAGAGAUGUCACAUAUAGGUAUAGUCUGAUUAUUGCCGACUUAAGUUCGAGAAAAAUGUACCACUUAUCCAAACCGGUUGCAUCUGAGCGAGCUGUUAAGGUACAAGAAGUUCCUUUUGGUGUCCAUACCCUUUCCCUAGACGGGCUUGAUCAUACCACAGCUCCCAAGGAUUUACGUUUAAGAUCCCUGUUUGAUCACAACGUAGGCUCGUUUGACGGCAAGACAAUGUCAUUCCUGGAGAAGCUGGCCAAGAAGGUGAUGAUGGAUCGAGAACCAACCGUCGACCAAGACCCACUGUCUGCUAUUUAUGUUGAGAAGAUGGCUUGUCACGGAGUUUCAGUCCAAGUGAGUAAAGAUAUCAGCAAUGAUCCUCGCCUUCUUAAUCAAUUACUCUUUUUCUUUCCUUGUCAGCUCGGAAUCCAGCGUUACGGAACAUCGAGCACCACCGCUUUUUCUGUGAGACCCGUUACGGAAGUCACAACAUCAGCGACAUCUCCCAAAAUAGAAGCCCUGUUCUACGAAAUCAGUCCCCAAGGCGAACGCAAAAUUACAUUCGACAUCCAGUCUUAA